AGAGCCAAGUGAAAGGCAUGGUAAAGACAAACUGAACCAGGUCAUUUCCCCGAACUCUCUCACCUGUCGAAUCUGUGCCCCAUGGCUGACGGCAUCAUUAAUUUAUUCGGAUAAAUCGGACCCACUCCGUCCUACCGGAAUGAAAACGACGAACCAGCAAACUUGCCCGGCAAGCAGCCUCCUCGGUUUGGAUGACUUGUAGAGUGACAGUGAUCACCGCGCUGAAACUUGCGUAUAUAAACCCCAAUGCUCUCCUUCUGUACGCCAAGUAACAAUUUUGAAGGUGGAAUAUUCUUUUCAACCCUAGACGAUAGUAAGAGGCAAAGAUGGAGUUUUUACGAUAUGCGGCUCAUGGUUUGCGAGCCUCAUUUCCGAAUCCAAGCGGUGCAUUCUUCUUAGAACCUGUCUUUCUUCAUUGGUUCUAUGCUUCCUGUCACAUUCUGCUCUUGAUUGCAUUGUCUUUGCUUUGGUUCUGUAGGAGGUCUAGUGGUGGAAGUUUGAAUAAAGAUAGAAUAGAAAAUGAUAGAUUUUUGUAUUACAGAGUAACGUUCUCAACCAGCUUGACUCUAUCCUUGUUUUAUUUCUUCCUGUGCAUCUAUGAUCUCUUUUGGUAUGGUGAUGACAAAGGGAUUUUUGUUAAACAACUUGCCACUCCUUUGGAUUUGGGCGUUAGAGCAAUCACUUGGCUUGUCAUUUCGGCUUACUUGCACUUCUCUAUCCUUCCAUCUAGUCGGAAGAGAUUCCCUGCUCUUCUUAAGAUAUGGUGGGGUAUCUACUUGCUAAUGUCCUGCUCUUCCAUUGCUUUAGAUUAUUUCUACUAUAGCAAGCUUGACAUCAUGGAAAGCUAUAUGUGGGUAAUGGAUCUUGGAUCUUUUUUUUCUGCUCUGGUUCUUAAUUAUACUGGAUUUUUCGGAAAGAGGGUUGAAGAUGGGAGUAAUCAUCUUCAAGAAUCUCUGUUGAAUGGUGGGGUAAGUAAUCCUAGUGGGGAACUAAGUGAGAUUGAUAGUGGUCCUGGAGACGUCUCCUUGUUCACAAAUGCUAGUUUUCUUAGCAUCCUUACCUUCUCUUGGUUGAGUCCAUUGAUUGCUGCUGGUAAUAAGAAGACUUUAGACCUUAGAGAUAUACCUCAGCUUGAUCACAGAGAUAGUGUUGAUGGGGUUCUUCCAAUUUUCAAAAGCAAGCUUGAAUCUUGCAAUGCAAGUAGUUGCGAAAACAAUAGCGGUGGAAAUAGUGAACAAGCUGCUCAUAUUACUUCUUUCAAUUUAGCAAAGGCAUUAAUCUUAUCUUCUUGGAGACUUGUGUUUCUUACAUCUAUUUAUGCGCUUCUUUAUACCGUAGCUUCCUAUGUCGGACCCUAUCUUAUUGAUUACUUCGUUCAGUAUCUUAAUGGUCACCAGACGUUUGCUAAUGAAGGUUAUGUUUUAGUAGUGGCAUUCAUAGUUGCGAAGAUAUUUGAAUGCCUUACACAGAGGCAUUGGUACUUUCGAUUACAGCAAAUUGGCAUGAGAGUUAGGUCAUUCCUAGUAUCGAUUAUCUACCAGAAGGGUCUUACCCUAUCGAGCAAUUCAAGACAAGGACGUACCACCGGGGAGAUCAUCAAUAUCAUGAGUGUGGAUGCCGAUAGAGUUUCAAUUUUUUGUUGGUAUUUGCAUGAUCUAUGGAUGGUCCCUGUUCAAGUAGCUUUGGCUUUAUUUAUCUUGUAUGCUAGAUUGGGCAUUGCUUCACUAGCUGCUUUGGCAGCUACUUUUGUUGUUAUGUUUGCAAAUGUUCCCUUGGGUAAAAUGCAAGAGAAAUACCAAGAAAAGAUGAUGGAAUCAAAAGAUAUAAGGAUGAAAUCCACUUCAGAAAUCCUAAGAAAUAUGAGAAUUCUCAAGCUUCAAGGCUGGGAGAUGAAAUUCUUAGAAAAGAUUGCUGAGCUCAGAAAAAAUGAAACAAAUUGGUUGAAAAAAUAUGUUUACACAUCUGCAAUGACUACUUUUGUGUUUUGGGGUGCACCUACAUUUGUAGCUGUGGUUACUUUUGGAACUUGCGUACUUAUGGGGAUUACUUUAGAGUCAGGAAAGGUUCUAUCAGCACUUGCAACAUUUAGAGUGUUGCAGGAACCAAUUUAUACUCUACCUGACACCAUCUCCAUGGUUGUUCAAACCAAAGUCUCACUUGACAGGAUAACAACAUUCCUUCGUCUUGAGGACUUGCAAAAGGAUGUCGUAGAGAAGCUUCCUAAAGGAAGUUCUGAUGUUGCAAUUGAAGUGAGCAACGGAACGUUCUCAUGGGACCUUUCACCUGAGUCGUCACCUACCCUGAGAGAUUUAAAUUUUAAAAUACUACAAGGUAUGAGAGUAGCAGUUUGUGGAACUGUUGGUUCUGGGAAGUCUAGUUUGCUUUCUUGUAUCUUAGGUGAAGUUCCUAAAAUAGAUGGAAUAGUGAAAUUAUGUGGGUUGACGGCAUAUGUUGCACAAUCACCAUGGAUACAGAGUGGAAAGAUUCAAGACAAUAUACUCUUUGGUAAGAAAAUGGACUUAGAAAAUUAUGAUAAUGUCCUCGAAGCUUGUUCAUUGAAGAAGGACUUGGAGAUUCUCCCUUUUGGUGACCAAACAAUAAUAGGGGAAAGAGGCAUCAACCUAAGUGGGGGACAGAAGCAAAGGGUUCAGAUUGCACGUGCUUUAUACCAAGACGCUGAUAUUUUUUUGUUUGAUGAUCCAUUUAGUGCUGUUGAUGCUCACACUGGCUCCCAUCUCUUUAAGGAAUGCUUGCUUGGACGUUUGGCUUCUAAGACCGUAGUCUAUGUCACCCACCAGGUUGAAUUUCUACCUUCAGCUGAUCUUAUAUUGGUAAUGAAAGAUGGAAAGAUUACAGAAAUCGGUAAAUACAAUGACAUAAUGACUUCGGGAAGGGACUUGAUGGAAUUAGUAGGUGCUCAUAAAGAAGCCUUGUCAGCUCUUGACAAUAUGGAACUUCCUAAAGAUUGUUCAAGCGAUAUUGCAGAAGAUGAUUCAGCUAAUAGUAAAAGUAGCAAGCAGACUCUUUAUGAAGAUAAGAAAGAUAUAAUGAAUUCUAAAGUUGAUGAAAAAGAGAUUCAGAAAGGCCAGCUUGUGCAAGAAGAAGAAAGGGAGAAAGGAAGAGUUGGGUUCUGGGUUUACUGGAGGUAUAUCACAACAGCAUAUAAAGGAUCUCUAGUGCCACUAAUAUUGUUUGCCCAGAUUGUUUUUCAAGUCCUUCAGAUAGCUAGCAAUUACUGGAUGGCUUGGGCAGCUCCAGUGUCCAAAGAUGUGGAAGCUCCAGUCACUGUGCUUACUCUUAUCUUUGUCUAUAUUGCAUUAGCCAUUGGGAGUUCUAUAUGCAUCCUUAUAAGAGCUUUUCUACUUGCAAUGGCUGGAUUCAAAACUGCAACAAUACUAUUUAGUAGGAUGCAUUUUAGCAUAUUUCGUGCUCCCAUGUCCUUUUUUGAUUCCACCCCCAGCGGACGUAUUUUGAAUAGGGCUUCAACCGAUCAAAGCGAUGUAGAUACAAACAUACCUUACCAAGUUGGCGCAUUUGCAUUUACAAUCAUACAACUUAUCGGAAUUAUUGCAGUCAUGUCACAAGUUGCAUGGCAAGUUUUCAUCAUCUUUAUUCCAGUGAUUGGAUUAUGCUUUUGGUAUCAGCGAUAUUAUAUUGACACAGCACGAGAACUAGCAAGGUUGGUGGGACUAUUGAAAGCUCCAGUUAUACAACAUUUUUCAGAAUCAUUGUCAGGAUCAACAACUAUCAGAAGCUUCGGUGAAGAAUCGAGAUUUAUAGACAUUAAUUCCAAACGCUUGGAUGAAUGUAAUCGACCAAGGUUUUAUAAUAAUACUGCAAUGGAGUGGCUUUGCUUUCGUUUGGAUAUGUUGUCAUCCAUUGUGUUUGCUUUUUGUUUGAUAUUCUUGAUUAGCUUGCCAAAAGGGGUGAUUGAUCCUGGUCUUGCUGGUCUUGCCGUUACAUAUGGUCUUAAUCUGAAUAUGCUGCAGGCAUGGGUCAUUUGGACUCUAUGUAACCUUGAAAACAAAAUAAUAGCAGUGGAGAGGAUACUUCAGUAUACAAACAUUCCUAGUGAACCUCCUCUUGUUAUAGAAAUGAACAGGCCAGAUGUUAACUGGCCGUCAAAAGGAGAUUUGGACCUUCGUGACCUGCAGGUUCGGUAUGCACCACACAUGCCUUUUGUUUUAAAAGGCCUCACAUGCAGUUUCCCUGGUGGCUUGAAGACUGGCAUUGUUGGGAGAACUGGUAGUGGCAAAUCUACCCUAAUUCAAACGCUCUUCCGCAUCAUAGAUCCUACAGUUGGUGAAAUUGUUAUUGAUGGCAUCAACAUCUCAACUAUUGGACUGCAUGAUUUAAGAUCUAAGUUGAGCAUUAUUCCACAAGAUCCUACAAUGUUUGAGGGAACUGUGCGUAGCAAUCUUGAUCCACUUGAAGAGUACACAGAUGAACAAAUCUGGGAGGCAUUAGAUUGCUGCCAGCUAGGGGAUGAAGUUCGAAAGAAAGAAAAAAAGUUAGAUUCAAUAGUGACUGAAAAUGGUGAAAAUUGGAGUGUGGGUCAACGUCAGUUGGUCUGCCUUGGAAGAGUCAUUCUAAAAAGAAGCAAGGUACUGGUUCUUGAUGAAGCAACUGCUUCAGUGGACACUGCAACUGAUAACCUGAUUCAGAAAACAUUAAGGCAACAAUUUUGUGAUUCGACAGUCAUCACAAUAGCUCAUAGGAUAACAUCAGUCCUUGAUAGUGACAUGGUCCUUCUUCUCGAUAAUGGAUUUAUCGUUGAACAUAACACACCGUUAAGCUUGCUAGAGAAUAAGACAUCCAUGUUUGCAAAGCUCGUUGCAGAAUACUCAAUGAGAUCAGACUCCAAUUUUAGAAAGCUCGAUAAUUUAUAAAUGAUGUGUGAUAGAGGCCAGAAAUUUAUUUUUAGAUGGUGAAGAAAAAGUCUUUGCUCAUUAUUUCAACUCCAUGAGUUAGAAUGCCUUUUCUUAGACUUGCAUAAUUUUAUCUUUCAAUUUUCUUAUAUUUUACUUUUGAUUGAUUUCACGAGUGACAAUCUCCAAUUUGAUAACCUGAGCUAGUUGUAAGAUCUUUGUA